AUAACGUUCAUGAAGCUGUGAAAAUUGCCGACUAGAAAAACAAUCGUGUAGUCUUCUCUAUUUAAUCUUGAAAUAAUUUAGGAAGUGCACAGCCACCAAGCAGAGGGUGGUGCAGCUACAUGCAUCCAAAAGGCUAGCACACUCUUCCCAAGAUUUCUAUCAUGGCUCACCGUUUCUUCGAGGGAGCAGCUCACGCAGCAGCGUAUGCCAGGUUUCGGCCACAUCCUCCUCAGCCUCUCAUUGACAACAUCCUGUCAUUUUUAAAAUCAAAGUAUACAGGUGCACUAGCUGCAGCAGCAGAUGUUGGUUGUGGGUCAGGCCAGACCACCUGGAUCUUGGCACCACACUUCAACAAUGUCACAGGUCUUGACAUCUCUGAAGCUCAAAUCACUGAGGCCAUUAAGAAAAACAAUGCAAAUAAUGUUUCCUUUAAGGUCAGUGGAGCAGAGACACUGCCUUUCCCAUCACGAUCCCUCCAGGUUAUCACAACAGGACAAGCUUGCCACUGGUUUGAUCUACCUAAGUUUUAUGCUGAAGCUGAUCGAGUACUGGUGUCAGGAGGAGUGUUGGCUCUCUAUGGGUACCUGUUCCCACUUCCUAUCUUUGGGGAAGUGUCUGACCAGCUGGCAGAGAUUGUGAAUGAUACAUAUGAGAAUAAGCUGGAGGGCUAUAUUCACCAAGGCAGUAUGGAAGUCUACUUGGGAAACUAUAAAUCUGAGAAGUACAACAUGGUUCAUUAUGAAGAUAGGAUUGAAAUCAGGAAUGAUAGCUACUAUACAGACAAGGCCGUCUCUGUCACAGAUCUGACAGGAUAUAUUAGUAGCUGGUCUGGCUUCCAGAACUAUCGUACUCAAAAUGGAGAUGAAGCUGCAUUUGAUAUGCUUCAGAAUUUUCAAAAUAGGAUCAUGUCAGUACUUGGGGUGAGCACUGCACCAGAGGACACCCAGCUGAUCCUUCGUUACAAAUACUUCAUCAUUAUGGGACGCAAGCCGUAAGCACAGUGCUGUAACUGUGCUCACAUGUUAGUAAAAGAAAUAAUUGCUAUUGUAAAAAAUAUGUUGCUGUAAGAGAGCCAUGUUAUUUAAGUAGUCUCGAUAUGAUUUAUUUUUGUUUCAGCUAUGUCCAGGAAAAAAAACACUACAUUCAGUUUGCAUUGAGUUUUUGGGUGUUGACACCCAUUUUUAAAUAUUUUUUCCAACUUAUUAGUAUUAAAACUUAAUUUUCAUGUUUACAUUAAAUGCAACAUAUAAUAAAUUAAUGAAGUUU